AUGGGGAGUCAACCAUAUUCGACAAGUAUCGACAAUGACGGCCGGCUUGAAAAGGGCAACCUGCAAAACAUCGCCAAUGGCUCCGUAAGGGAGCUUGACCUCACCGUCCAAACUGAGAAGCCAUUCACGACCUUGUCGGCAAUCGGGAUCGGGUACGGCGUCACAAAUACUGCUGUGGGACUUUUACUCGUCCUUGGAUCCGUGUUGCCCAUGGGUGGCCCUCCACUCCUGUUCUGGAGCUUCCUCGCAAUGUCGGGAGUGGGUUUGGCCACAGCUGUUACGCUUGCGGAACUCUGUUCAGCCAUGCCUCACCCGGGAGGUCAAUAUAUCUGGGUCAACCAUCUUGCGCCAGCUCAGUCCCGCCGCUUCCUUUCAUACUUGACCGCCAUGAUCAGUUGGCUUGGUGCCGUUUCCACCGGUGCCUCGGCGUGUCUAUCGGUUGCCACUGGCUUUUGUGCCAUAAUCACGGUUCUGGAUCCCACCUUUGUCUACAAGCGAUGGAUGGGUUUCGUUGGAUACCAGAUUCUCAAUAUCUUGACCGUUCUGGCAGCUUGCUUCGAACACGCCUUGCCCAAGAUCGCAAACAUCCUGCUACUUUUCGGUUGUUUGACAAUUACUACUGUCUUUAUUACUCUUUUCUCCAUGUCCGACACUCAUAUGUCAGCCGAGAAUUUCUUUGUUAACAUCAUUAAUGUUUCUGGAUGGCCAGAUGGAGUUGCAUUCUUGAUAGGAUGUAACGGGGCAAAUUGGUGCUUUUCAUGCCUCGAUGUGGCCACACAUCUAGCGGAAGAAAUUCCUUCACCCGGGAAGAACAUCCCUAAAUCACUUAUGUGGACCAUUGCUAUAGGAUUUGGAUCUGGACUCCUGGUAGUCCUGGCCGUCCUGCUUAAUAUCGAUGGGAUUGAUACAGAUGGAGAUAAUUCAGCACUCGGCCUUUUCUACCGCAUCACAGGGAGCCAAGCAGCUGCCAUUGGCCUAUGGAUACCCGUGUUGAUUACCACAGCUGGCGCAGUAUGGUCUAUUCAAACUUGGCAGUCUCGCUUGGCAUGGGCCAUCAGCCGUGAGAAGGGUUUCCCUCUUCACAAACAUCUCAGCAAACUUGCACCCGCGCCCUUUUACACUUGCACGUGGUCUCUCGCGUUUUCAGCAACCUUCACUGCUAUCCUCGGGUGCCUCUAUCUCGCAUCGGACCUUGCCUUUAACUCACUGAUUUCCACCGGAAUUCUUUUGCAAUAUCUUAGCUACUGCAUUCCGGUUGUUCUCGUUCUGGUCAACGGCCGCUCCAGGUUUCGACAUGGGAGUUUCUGGUACCCGAAGCUGGGCCUUUUAGCCAAUGUUGUCAUGCUCCUUUGGACUUCGAUUGCCUUGGCCUUUUACUGCUUUCCUUACUACCUCCCCGUCGUUGUUGAACAGAUGAAUUAUGCAUCACCUGUUUUGGCAGGUGUUGCUGUUCUUGCCAUCACCCUUUGGUUCGUUUAUGCGAGGUCAAAAUAUGAGGUCAAUUCUGUCACCUUGUAG